AUGGGAAACACCUCCAAAUCAACUGCAAUGGGGAACACCUCCAACUGCACCGCAAUGGGGACCACUGCCAAAUGCCCCACAAUGAAAUUCACCUUCAAAUGCUCCGCAGUGGGCUACACCACCAAAUGUUCUCCAGUGGGGUACACCACCAAAUGCUCCUCAAUGGACUUCAUUCCAAAUGCUCCGCAGUGGAGUCCACAAAAUGCUUAUCGUAUAUGUCAGUUGCGAUCACAAAGUUCCCAUAGUCUAACUCAUGAUGAGAGAAUUGAGUUAUGGAAUCUGAAAAAUGAGCAAGUUGAAGAGUUAAUGAUUCAACCAUCACUGAGUUAUUACAACCGUUAUUUUGAAAGAGGACCUGUUCAAACCGGUAGCGGUGUAGGGUGGAGAAAUGUUUGGGGUCGGUUACAAGAAGAUGAUGCUGCAUGUCGUCAGUUACUACGAAUGUCUUUAGAUGUUUUUAGAUCUCUUUGUGACAUAUUGCAAUCAAAAUAUGGGUUGCAUCCUACGAUGAAUGUUAGUAUCGAAGAGAGUGUGGCAAUGUUUUUGCAAAUUUGUGGACAUAAUGAAGUUCAAAUAGAUGUUGGAAUUUGGUUUGGACGGACACAAGAAACAAUGAAUAGAAAGUUUUUUGAAGUUCUUAUGGCGACAGAGUUACUUGCUUGUGAUUAUGUCAAGACCCCAACAAGACAAGAACUACUUCGAAUUCCUGAAAGCCUGCAAACAGACAGAAGAUAUUGGCCAUAUUUUAGUGGAUUUGUUGGAGCUAUGGAUGGAGUUCAUGUAUGUGUUAAAGUGAAGCCUGAACUACAAGGAAUGUACUGGAAUCGACAUGAUUGGACAUCAUUUAAUAUCAUGGCAAUAUGUGAUCUAAAUAUGUUGUUUACAUAUGUUUGGAAUGGAGCACCCGGAUCAUAUCACGACACAGCAGUUCUCACGAUGGCAGAAAAUAGUGAUUCUGAAUUUUCUUUGCCUCUAGUAGACAAGUAUUAUGUAUUUGAUUAUGGGUAUCCAAAUAAGCAAGGUUUUUUGGCUCCAUACAGAUCUUCUCGGAAUAGGGUUAUUAGGUAUCAUAUGUCUCAUUUUAACAACGGUCCUCCUCCUAAGAAUAAACAAGAACUGUUUAAUCGAUGUCAUGCAUCUCUACGUUCUGUUAUUGAAAGGACAUUUGAAGUUUGGAAGAAGAAAUGAAAGAUUUUGAGUGAUUUUCCCAGAUAUAAUAUUGCAGUUCAAAAAAAAGUGGUAACUGCUACAAUGGGACAACACAAUUUUAUCAGAAUUACAAAUUAUUUUGAUGAGGAUUUUGCUGAAGUAAUGAGGGACACAAAUUUCAGUAACGAAAAUUUUGAAGGUGAUCCUCGUGAUUUGGAGACAACAAACAUGGCUGAAGGAAAUCAUAUGAUGAACAUUAGAGACAAUACUGCAAAUAUGUUAUGGGCAAAUCAUUAAAUGGUUUUACCUUUGUUUAUUGUGUUUUUUCAUUAUGUAUUUUGAUGUUUUGGUGUAAUUUUUAUUGUUGAAACACAUGAUCUUCUUUUUUGGACUGCUUUUACCAUUCUUAACUUCUAAAAUAACUUGUUCUACUUGAUCUGCCUCUCUCAUGUAUAAUCUGCUUGAUCUGCAUUUAUUCUGCUUGAUCUGCAUGAUCCACUUGAUCUGUCCAGCUUGAAUUGCUAUUACCAUUCGUAACCAUAAUGUUCUCGAGGACAAAAAAAAAAGACACAGUUUCGUUCGUGAUUAGAAUGGUCACAUUUAAGUCAUAAAAGUAAUCGUGUCUACUCAGUCACGUUUUUUAUUGUGACUUUACGUGACUAUUUACAAAAAAAUAUUAAAAAAAUAAAAACAAUUAAAAUAUUUUUAUUAACUUAUUUACAAAAACUAAAUUUUGUAUAUAUACAUAAUUACAUAUAUUUACAAAAAAAUACAUAUGUAUCAUAUAUAUUAUAUGCAAUCAACGCCUUCACCGCUCCACCAUCGGCUCCGCCACCGGCUUCUCCACCAACACCUACACCCGCUCCGGAUGCCAUGUCUUAAGCGAUGACUCAGUCUGGUGGUAGAGCCACCGGUGUUACUAUUGAUGUAUUAGAAUGUCGGUUAUGUAUAUUUGGUUUAGUCUUUGUACAUUGAUACCCGAUUUGUUCCGGUCAGGUUGUUACAACAAGUAUAUAUAGUCAUUUGACUGCUUUAAUGAUAAGCUAACAGAAAUCUUUUCCCAUUUUGUCGUUUCUCUCUGGUUGCUCUUUCCACCAUUGUUGCUUUAGAGAGCUUUUCUGUUCAAACUUUGUUUCACUAAAAUGGUAUCAGAGCGUUGAGCUCUAGCUCAACAUCGUUUCCGUUUUCUCCUCUCUUUUCCGCUUCGAUCGAUCUUCUUUUCAUCUCUCGCUUUUGCGUUUGGU